AUGAAAUUAAGUAAAUUCAUCUGGCAGCAAGUUAAUGUGGCUGAGCCAAGUGUUGCAGAUACAAUUACUACUCUUGAAGAGCUCAAAGAGACAUAUGAAGAACAUCAUGGUGUUAGAAUUCAAUAUCAAGCUCUUGUGGUUGCUGCACAAUUGUUAGCUCGAUAUAUCACUGACAAGGCAAUUGACCUACUUGAUGAAGCUUGUUCAAAUGUGAAGUUCCAACUUGAUAGUCAACCUGAAGAGAUCUCUAAUAUAGAAAGGAAAAUAGCUCGGUUAAAAAUUAAACUUGAUGCUCUUGACAAGGAGAAAGACAAAGAUAGUAGGGCUCAGCUUGUAAGAAAACAGUUUGAUGAUUUGGGGGACAAGCUUCAACCUUUGAAGAUGAAGUACACAAAAGAAAAGGAAAGGAUGGAUGAGCUUCGCAGACUCAAACAAAAAAGAGCGGAGCUCUUGUUGGCAUUAGAAAAGGUUCAUACAAGAUGCAAUUUACCUAGAGUUGUGGAAUUGAGACGCAGUCCAAUUCAAGAAGUUGAGGUUGCAAUAGCAAAGCUUGAAAAGAUCAUAGAGGAAAAUGUAAUGGUGACGGAUAUUAUUGGACCAGAACAAAUAGCAAAAGUAGUGAGUCGUCGAACUAGCAUACCUGUGACGAAGCUUGACCAAAAUGAGAAAGUGAGGUUGAUGGACUUUGCUAAUGGGUUGCAUCAAAGAGUGGUGGGACAAGAUGAAAUAGUCAAGGCUGUUACCGAAACUGUGUUGAGGUCGAGGCUUGGGCUGGGAAGGCCUCAACAGCCCAUUGGUUCGUUCCUUUUCUUGGGUCCAACAGGUGUUGGGAAGACUGAGCUUGCUAAGGCUCUUGCGGAACAAUUGUUUGAUGACAUAAAUCUAUUGAUUCGGUUUGACAUGUCUGAAUUUAUGGAGCAACACUCAGUUUCCCGAUUAAUUGGUUCUCCACCUGGCUAUCAAGGGUAUUUGAAAGGUGGGCAACUCACAGAAGCUGUGAAGAAACAACCAUAUAGUGUCAUAUUAUUUGAUGAAGUAGAGAAAGCACAUUCCAAUGUUUUCAAUACCUUGCUUCAAGUUUUUGAUGAUGGAAGGUUGACUGAUGGCCAAGGCUGCACAGUCGACUUCACCAACACACUCAUCAUUAUGACUUCCAAUAUUGGAGCUGAUUAUCUUUUAAAGGCAUUAAUGAACAAGUGUACAAUGGAAAGUGCUCAGGAGUCAGUGAAGCAAGAGGUGAGGAAGCACUUCAAGCCCGAGUUGCUUAAUCGGCUAGAUGAGAUAGUAGUAUUUGAUCCUCUUUCUCAUGAGCAACUGGCCAAGGUUGUGAGGCUUCUAUUGAAGGAUGUUGCAAUCCGCGUGGCUAAGAAGGGUGUUGCCUUAAGUGUGAGUGAAGCAGCAUUGGAUGUUAUGUUAGUGGAGAGUUAUGACCCCGCAUAUGGUGCGAGACCUAUUAGAAGAUGGUUGGACAAGUGGGUGGUAAAUAAGUUAACAGAUAUGCUUUUAAAAAGUAAGGUUGAUGAAAAUUCAACUGUUUAUAUAGAUGCUGCGUCUAACGGGAAGGAGUUGACAUAUCAAGUUGAAAAAGAUGGGGGAUUAAUGAAUGGCGCUGGGCAAAGGUCAGACUUCUUUUUUCGAAUCCAUGAUGGGCCGAGGAGUGAUUUUGCGCAAGUGGUGAAAAAGAUGAAGAUGAAGAUUGAAGAAAUAGAUGGUAAUGAUAAUGAUGUGCAAGUGGUGAAAAAGAGUGAAGAAAUAGAUGAUAAUGAUAAUGAUGCACAAGUAGUGAAAAAGAUGAAGAUGAAGAUGAAGAUGAAGAGUGAAGAAAUAGAUGAUGAUGAUGAUGAUGAUGAGAAGCUGAUUGUUAUGGAACUUAAAACAUGGGGAAAGAGAUGGGUUUUUCUAGUUUUUUGUCUUUUGAUUGUAUGUUCAACUGUGUAUUUUUAGUUUGGGUUAUGGCACUUCAUGGAAAUUCUUGAUGGA